UAAAAAUUAGAAGACUCUUUAAUUCCUUAGGUUUUCUUUUACAUCCAAAAAAAAUUAUUUUGUAGUUUACUCGGUUUCUUUUUCUAAUUCUUCUUCUUUCAAACGAAUAUAUUUAAUCAUGUCUACUAAAGAGCAAAAACAACAAGAACAAACAUCGACAAUAUCCACAACAGAAGAAAUUCUAAAUGAACAAAAUGAGCAAAACGAAGACUAUGACGAUGAACAACACGAAGACAAUGAACAAUAUGAAGACGAUGAACAAUAUGAAGACGAUGAACAACAUGAAGACGAUGAACAACAUGAAGACGAUGAACAACACGAAGAUAAUGAACAAUACGAUGACAAUGAAUACGAAGUCGAUGAACAACAUGAACAGCAUGAACAACAUGAAGUCGAUGAACAAAAUGUAGACAGUGAACAAGAUGAAGAUAACGAAGAACAACAAAGAGUACAAUCCGAUGACAAUGAAGUACAAAAUGUACAAGAAGAAGAAGCGCAUCCUGAUUUAUAUCAAACUGUGGCUUCUUCUUCAACUGCUGAAUCAUCAAAUCACACCUUACGUGAUGAUAAUGUGGAUCAUCCUCCUGUUAUACCACGUCCUAAUAAACAGACAACUGGUAGAAUUUCAGAUCGGUAUACAUUUUCAUUUUCAGCUGAUUUAAUAUCACAGUUUGAUAAAUAUCGAGCACAUAUGCGAGAAAGUAUACGGCAGGAAAUAGAAACAAAGAUAGUAGUAGAAGAACCUGAAAAUACUGAAGAAGUAUUUAGUGUACAUCAAGUUCAGCAUGAACCUGCAGGUUCCAUGCAUUCAAAUACACAACAUUCACGAGAACCGUCAAUAAAAGAUAGAUCAACAAAUAAUACACCAAAAUCUAUACAAACAAGAUCUUCAAGUAAAACGAAUCGGUUUAAAAAAUAUUUUGGAAUCUCAUAUUUACGUGAAAAGUUAUCAAAACAUCAUAAUCCAAAUCAUAGUGUGCAAAAUACUACUACAACUACGACAACUACAACUUUAUCAGAUCUUGCUACCUUAUCAUCUGAUAUUGAUCAACAUCAUCAACCACCAACUGAUUCUGAAAUUACUAAUAAUGAAAGAAAAUCAAAAGGAUCAAAAGCAAAGAAAUAUAUAUUAAAAAUUAGCAAUCUUUUCUCAAGAAAAUAAGUAUGAUAUAAUUAAUGUUAGUUGUAGA